AAGAUUACUUUUAAUUGAGCUCAAUGAUUAAUUACAUGAACCCAAUAUCGUACGCAUAUUUUUAUAAAUUGCAUGCAAGCGCCUUCUAGUGGGCAGCUGAUACUUACAAAGCAAGUCAGGAAAUUACAUAAUUAUAUAACAAAAAAUUAUUUUGAUGUCGGAAAUAAUCAAAAAUUGAUUUCAAACUCAUCAUUUCUAUAUUUUUUGCAGUUGAAUUGUUUUAGUAAAACUAAUAUGACGGCAAAUCGAGUAAAAUUCCCUUUGCGUCUUCAAUCCAUUGAGGAAAUGGAGGAUGCUUACAAUCUUAAAAAAGAUAAAAUUUUGCGAAGGCAGAAAGGAGUGGAGACUGAACUGAGUAAAAAUCAAACUGUUGAUACAAGUAAACUUCUUAAUUUAAACGGACCUGCAAGUGAAAAUGAUAGAUUGCAUCCUACAGGUACAACAACUUAUCAUUUUCAACGUAGGGGAAGUUUUCUUUAUCGUCCAGAGUGUGAUAAUGAAAAUGGAACAACUCGUACCUCACGGAAUUCUUCAUUUUCAAAUGAUGGGGUUUACGGUGAAGAACUAAUUACUCCGUUUGCACAAGUUCUCUCUUCUCUUCAAAAUAUCAGGACAAACUUUGUCAUGUUAACAAAUAUUCGUGAAAGUGGUAUGCGGCGUGGGUCUGAAGGUUUUCACUCCCACUCAUGUCAGUUGUAUGAGAAAAGUGAUGGAAGCAUGAUUAGAGAUAACAUGUUUAAAAAGUUGACUAUCGAAACAAUGAAAGAAUUUGAUUGGUGUUUGGAACAACUUGAAACACUUGGUGCAAGUAUGUCAAUAAGCGAAAUGGCAACAAAUAAGUUCAAAAAGAUGCUAGACAGAGAGUUAAAAGAUUUUUCUGAGACUGGCUCUGGAGGAGAAGAGGUGUCAGCAUACAUUUACGAUAAUUUUCUUGAUAAAAAAAUAGAGGCAGUUACAAAACGACCAAAUAAACCUUUACGAGCACGCUCAAAAAGUCUGGUGAAUUCAUUAGCAAGAACUGUUAGUGGAUCUGGUUCAGUGCCAAGGUUUGGUGUUGAUAGUGUUGAUGAUAAAAAAUUAGAAAAAUUAAUGGAAAAUGUUGAUAAAUGGAGUUUUGAUAUAUCUCAACUUGCUGUUUUUACAAAAAAUCGUCCACUACUGAGUAUCACAUAUACUAUACUUCAGGCAAGAGACUUGCUAAGACCUUUCAAAAUCCGACCAUGGAUUCUUGCUAAUUACAUCAAUAUUAUUGAGUCACAUUAUGUCAGUGAAGUAUCAUUUCAUAAUUCCCUUCAUGCAGCUGAUGUUGUCCAUGCCACACAUUGUCUCUUAUCUUCAUCUGUUUUUGAAGGUGUCUUUAAUGACCUAGAAAUGCUAGCAGCAAUAAUUGCUAGUGCUAUCCACGAUGUUGAUCACCCUGGUGUUAACAAUCAGUUUUUAGUGAACACUAGUUCUCAAAUGGCAUUAAUGUAUAACGAUGAGAGUGUAUUGGAAAAUCAUCAUUUAGCUGUUGCUUUCCAACUCAUGCAAAACGAUAACUGUGAUAUCUUGGAUUCAUUAUCUAAGUCUGAGCGACAGCUUUUCAGAAAGAUGGUCAUAGAAAUGGUGCUUGCCACAGAUAACGCAAAGCAUAUGAACAUCUUAGGCUCACUUAAAACCAUGGUAGAAACCAAACGACUUUCUGGUGCACCAGUACAACUUGAUACAUUUAAUGAAAAAAUGCAUGUUCUUAAAUGUUUGGUGCAUUGUGCUGAUCUAAGUAAUCCCACAAGGCCUCUUGAUUUAUACAAAAUGUGGGUGGAGCGCCUUAUGGAAGAAUUUUUUAGACAAGGAGAUAUUGAACGUGAACGUGGAAUGGAGAUCAGUCCAAUGAUGGAUAGACAAAAUCCAAAUGUGGAAAAAUCACAGGUCGUUUUUAUUGACUAUGUAGUCCAUCCAUUAUGGGAGACUUGGAGUGACCUUGUGUACCCGGAUGCACAAGAGAUUCUAGAUCGACUUGUUACAAAUCGAGAAUAUUAUCGAUCGUUAAGUUCUACUAAUAUCAGUGGAGAUACUUCGACUUCGCUCUUAACAACGAAAAUACCUGUAACAUGUGAAACCGAUAUUAACGAUUCUUCUGAUGACAAAAAUAUUUCGGGCAAAAAGAAUGUUAAACUUUUUCAGCAGCAAGAAACAGAACGGAUCGAACUUCUCAGUGUAAAAAAUAUACGGCGAAUGUCUGAUACGGACGUUUUGAAAUUCACUAGUAGAGCAGUUAAAUCUACAAAAGAAACAAUUUAUGAAAAUGAGAGUAAACUUUGUAACUGGUCUUUAAAUGCGGCUAAAAAUUCCGGAACCGAUGAAAAUCAGAACUUAUUAAAUGGUGAUUUAUUAACGAACUUGAGGACUAAUGUUACUAGCAUCCAACCACAAGUUUCGUAGCCGUAAAUUUUGGAAUGAGUUGAUUUUAGUUACUCAACUAAAGUCUACAGAAACGCGUAAUAUAUUAACAUGUGACUCACACAUGUUAAAUUAGAUAAUAUCUCUGGAAAAGUCUAGAUUUUUUUGACGACGUGAUAUUAUCAAAAAUGGGUGAAUCUGUUAAAAACUUAUCUUGCUCUCUGGGCAUAUAAAAAUAAACUUGAAAAUCAAGUUACAUGGCGAAGGUAUUUGCAUUCGGUACUUGUCUACUUACCGAUACCGCUCAAAAAGAAAUCUUUGUAUAAAUUUAUCAUAGCUUUCAUAUAUUAUAGGUGUAUUUUAAUGA